AUGGCUUUGACUCUCCAAACCGCCAUUAACGGCCCGGCCAACUCGACGGCCAUUAUCGUGCCGUCCAAGCCCAGCGCUCUCACCGUCUCCUACGGCGACCUGGUCAAGGAGACCUCGGCCUUCCAGCAGAAACUGGCAAACAUCGGCAUCACCCGCGGUUCGCCCGUAUCCAUUGCGACCGUCAACUCGUAUGAGUUCAUCGUAUCAUUCUUGGCCGCCUCAUGGCAGCGUGGCAUUGCCGCCCCGCUGAACCCGGCCUACAAGCAAGACGAGUUUGAGUUCUACAUUCAAGAUGUCAAGUCUGCCAUUGUUUUGGUUCCCAAGGGCGCAUAUGCUGCUGGUGCUCCCGCUGUCAAGGCCGCCAAGAAGUUCAAUGCUGCCGUCGCCGAGACGUACUGGGAUGAGUCCAAGAAAGAGGUCACGUUGGAUGUUAAGGACCUCGGCCAGCUCAAGGACAAAGGUCGUGAGAAGGUGUUGAAGGCCGAAGCGGACGACGUUGCGUUGGUGCUGCACACUAGCGGAACCACCUCCAGGCCCAAAGUUGUGCCUCUGACGCACCGCAACCUGACCAGAACGAUGAAGAAUAUCCAGAACACAUAUCUGCUGACGGACAAGGACCGCACCAUGCUGGUCAUGCCCCUUUUCCACGUUCAUGGCCUUCUUUGCGGUCUCCUCGCGCCCCUGGCUUGCGGUGGCUCCAUGGUCGUCCCGUCCAAGUUCUCCGCCACUGAGUUCUGGGGAGACUUCAUCACCCACAAGGCCAACUGGUACACCGCCGUCCCCACCAUCCACCAGAUUCUUCUCAAGAACCCGACUCCCAACCCCUUGCCCAACAUCCGCUUCAUUCGCUCCUGCUCCUCUCCGCUAUCGCCCACCGUCUUCCACCAGCUCGAGGAGACGUACAAGGCCCCUGUCCUGGAGGCCUAUGCCAUGACCGAGGCCGCCCACCAGAUGACAUCUAACCCCCUCCCCCCCGCCAAGCGCAAGCCCGGCACCGUGGGCCUCGGCCAGGGUGUCGACGUACGCAUCCUCGACGAGGCGGGCAACGAGCUUGCGCAGGGUCAGGAGGGCGAGAUCUGUAUCCGUGGUGAAAACGUUACCAAGGGCUAUCUCAACAAUGAGAGCGCUAACGCCUCGUCCUACACCAAGAGCGGUUUCUUCCGCACAGGCGACCAGGGCAAGAAGGAUGAGGACGGCUACAUCGUUAUCACGGGCCGCAUCAAGGAGCUCAUCAACAAGGGUGGCGAGAAGAUCAGCCCCAUCGAGCUUGACAAUGUCCUCACACGUAACCCAGCCGUAUCCGAAGCCGUCAGCUUCGCCAUUCCUGACGACAUGUAUGGCCAGGACAUUGGUGUGGCUGUCGUGCUCAAGCCCGGACAGCAGCUAAAAGCCGAAGACUUGAAGAAAUGGGUAUCGGAGAAGCUAGCCAAGUUCAAGGUUCCCAAGAAGAUUUACUUCACCGAGAAUAUGCCCAAGACGGCCACUGGCAAGAUCCAGCGCCGCAUUGUUGCCGAGAAGAUGCAGCAGCAAGAGGCACCCAAGGCAAAGUUGUAA